AUGGAAACACUUUUGGUUUUAUUUGGAUUGAAAGUGUUCAAUAAUAUUGGACCACAUUCCCAAAAUUUAUUGAAAAGAGGAUUUUCAUCCUUUUCUUUUUUUGUGAUUUCUUCAAGCUCAUUAAUUGCGUUUUCCCGUUUUUGCGUCUUCUUCUGUUUCUUUUUUAUAUUUUUUUGUUUUCAUUUUAGUAUUUUUUGUUUUCUUUUUUCCCCGAUAUUUUUAGCUUCCUCUGCCUCUUUUUUUCUUUUUUCAAUAUAUUUAAUUUUAUUUCGUUGUCGGUGUUUUUUGGUCCCAUCCAAGCGGCAAUUCUUUUGUUUUUCUUACAGUCCCGAUUACUUCAACAUUUUCUUCCUUACAUUUUUCAAAUUUUUUAAUUCGAUAAAUCUUGAAUCCAUUUGUAUUUUUAGAGUGUCGGUUUUGUUGAUUUUUUUAACGCCCUCAAUCAACUUCUCUGCCAAUUUUCUCCCGACGUGA